AUGUUAUUGUUGAUAGAACGGGGAAUAGGAAGAAAAGAAAUCCUGAGAGUAAUAGCAUCCCCCUACUGCUUACUGACGACGACAGGAUCACUGACUAUAUCAGAGCAUGUGGUAGUUCCCCACCCCAAAUUUUUUUCUUUCUUUCUUUUCUCCUCGGAAAAGAUCAACUCACUGUCUUUCUUUCAUAGCUCGUAUCUGAGAAAGUGGGAGAGUUAUGUCUCUCUCUCCCUCUCUCUCUCUCACACACACAACACUCUCUCGCUCUCUCGCUCUCUUCUUUUCGAAACCUCCCUCUCCUUCAUACCACCAUCAUCAUUUCCUUCCGCCUCUUCGUCGGCUCCCACUUUUGCCGUGCCUUUUACCUCCUCCGUCCCCUCCUCCCCUGUUUUACCUGCCUCCCCCUCUUCCCCCUCCUUCCUUCCUUCAUUAGUCGCACCCCUGCUUUUUUCGCUAUCUCUAUCCACGCUAGAGUGCACCAAGAAGGCGGUCGGUCGUUCGCUCGUUCCAGACCCCGUCGUCGCCUCUCUCGCCGCACCGUGUGAAUGCGAUGGGCUGCUGCAGAAACGCCGGGCCUUCACUCAGUAUUACCUAACCGCCUAUUCAAAUUUAAUUUAUGAUACAGUCCUUGAGUGUCCAUCAUUCCAUCCUCCGUCCGUCCCUCUGAAAUGUGGCCCGCGCAACCCAACCAUCUCUACUCCAGAUAGGGGACUUAAUCCAUCACGAGUUAACGGCCCUCAUUCAAUAAACAGAAACUAG